GUCAAUCAAAAGCAGCCAUGUCAAGUGAAAAAAGAGCGAUGUGAACUAAUUGCAGAGAAGAAGAAGGGGUUGUUAUUUCGAGAUACACUGUGUCAAAGUCAGCGGAUUUGUUUAUAAAUGACAGUCAGCCUUGUUCUUGAUUUAGGCGCUGUUGAAGUUGCUCAGCAUUAUGUUUCUUUUAUGCGGAUAAUAACAUUGCUGGGACAGUUUGACAUCGAUGUCCUAAGAACGGAAUAAUCAAACUGAACCUGCUUCGCGUUUUAUGUGACCCAGUAGUUCGUGCUGGAGAAAACGAGCCAAAUGAUGUCAGGAAAGCAUUACAAGGGUCAAGAAGUCAGCUGCUGCAUCAAAUAUUUCAUAUUUGGAUUUAACAUUUUAUUUUGGUUGCUUGGUGUGGCUUUCCUUGGAAUCGGAUUGUGGGCAUGGAGUGAGAAGGGAGUCCUGUCUAAUAUCUCCUCCAUCACGGAUCUGGGUGGAUUUGAUCCGGUGUGGUUGUUUCUGGUUGUUGGAGGGGUGAUGUUCAUCUUGGGGUUUGCUGGCUGUAUCGGUGCUCUGAGAGAAAACACCUUCCUGCUCAAAUUUUUUUCUGUGUUUCUGGGGAUAAUCUUCUUCUUGGAGCUGACUGCCGGUGUCCUGGCCUUUGUCUUUAAAGACUGGAUUAAAGAUCAGCUCAACUUUUUCAUCAACAACAACAUACGAGCCUACAGAGAUGACAUUGACUUGCAGAACCUCAUCGACUUCACUCAGGAAUAUUGGGAAUGCUGUGGGGCAUUUGGCCCAGAUGAUUGGAACCUCAACAUCUACUUCAACUGCACAGACAGCAACCCCAGCCGAGAAAAAUGUGGCGUGCCCUUCUCCUGUUGCACCAAAGACCCAGCGGAGGAUGUUAUCAACACACAGUGUGGAUAUGAUGUUCGGGAGAAAUCGGAUGCGGAGCAGAGGAAUUACAUUUAUGUCAAAGGCUGUGUGCCGCAGUUUGAGAAAUGGCUACAGGACAACCUGACAGUCGUGGCUGGAAUCUUCAUAGGAAUCGCUCUGCUGCAGAUAUUUGGAAUAUGCCUUGCACAAAAUUUAGUCAGCGAUAUUGAAGCUGUGAGAGCCAGCUGGGUGCCGCCCCCCUCUUACGUCGCCCGCCGCCCCCCGUCCCACUCCAGCAAGAAAGCCUCGGCGUACUCCUGAGGGAGGCGCACAUGUGCGCGUUGGCCUGUUUGUUCACAUGAAGUGGCAGCUAGUCGUUCAGACACUCACAGGCCUAUGCCAGCAUGAUGAAGGUAGCGAAUGAUAACACAAGAUGCCAAGUGCACUGGGUCACGUGUGUGUGUUUGUGUGUGUGUGCAAUGUAACCUUCCACCAUCUGUAAAUAGUGCUACUUUUUCUAGAGUGUUUUAUGUGUCAAAACACAUGUGUACUGUGAGAAAAUGUUUGUGUCCACAGAGGUUGCGUUAAACGAAAAAUUUCCACUAUUUGCUGGACUGUAAAAGCAUGACAAAAAGCAUCAUUCAAAACUGUGACAAAAUAAAAUAAAUAAAUAAAUAAUACAAAUAAGCACAAACAUAAUUAAAAUCAGGCAUGUUUUUUGAAAAAAAAA